ACGAGGGUGUGGGUUUAGACUUCACAGACAAAAAUUAAUUCAAUUUAGGAAUGUGUUGUGGGACGUAUCGGAUCAGCAGUACGUUUGAAUAGAGAGCUGUAACGUCCCAAGAGGGGCUUUUGGAUCUGCUUGAAUAUUUAUCUGAAAAUAGUUUGAAAGACUUCUUACUGAAAGCAUCAUGUCUUGUUUACAACUCGGGAUCGUACUCCUCUUCUGUCUACCUUUAGCAGCAACCACAUCGCUUCACUUUGCAAGUGUGGGUCAACCUCAUCACACCACUGAUGGCGCAGCCUGUUUGACCUGUUACACCUGUAUGUUCCCGGCCAUCUCUCCUCUGGACUGCUUCAAGUUCCCUCAGGAGUGUCCGGCUGGGCAGCGCUGCCUGUCCAGUACUGCCACAGGAAGACGAGGCUCUCUAGAAGUGACGAUGUACGAGAAGAGCUGUGCGGUCCCGGCCCAGUGUGGAGUGAGUGGACAGAAGUACGCCUCUGGACUCUACUUCAACUACACCAACGUCUGCUGCGACAGCGACCUGUGCAACGCCGCCGGGACAUUUACUGCCCUCAGCUGGAGAGGAGCGGCUCUCUGCCUGCUGCCCGCACUCUGCCUGCUGCUGGCCUGAACAACAGGGGGAGGGUGUGUGUGUGUGUGUGUGUGUGUGUGUGUGUGUGUGUGUGUGUGUGUGUGUGUGUGUGUGUGGUGUGUGUGUGUGUGUGUGUGUGUGUGUGUGUGUGUGUGUGUGUGUGUGUGUGUGUGUGUGUGUGUGUGUGUGUGUGUGUGUGUGUGUGUGUGUGUGUGUGUCACCCCUGGGCACUGAAUAUCAAGGCAUAAAGGUCCUGGAAAAUAUGUACUCAGUAGUGGAGUGUAAGGAAGUACAUAUACUCUUGAACAGCAUUUAGGUACUUGUACUUUACUUGGGUAUUUCCAUUUUAUGCUUAUUUAAACAUUAACUCCACUACAUUUUAGAAGCAAAUAUAGAAUUCUCCAAAAUAUAUAAAUUAAUAAUAAAUUAAGAUGCAUUAUUAGAGAUUAAACGAACCCCUUUAAUAAAGCUCCACCUGCAUCAUCUGGAAAUAGGCUAUGUUGCAUUAUGAGUACAUAUAAUUCUGGUAAGUAUGAUGCUAAUACUUUUUGUGAUUUUACUUAAAUACAUUUUGAUUGCAGGACUUCUACUGGUAACAGAGUAUUUGUAAACUGUGGUAUUACUAUAUCUUUCUUAAGUUAAAGUUUUGUUUACUUCUGAAUAAUAGUUCUUUAUUUACUUCUCACCGCAUCUAGUGGUUUAUGAUCACUCACCUCUUUAUCAUCUUUAUUUACACUUGAUAAGUUUGAUGAUUUGUCAGACUGUUGUUUCCUUACAUUAAACUAAUACAACUUUAAGUCUUUACAUUUUGAAAACAACUAUUUGGUGAAACUCAAAAUAUUUGCGAUGUUUUGAAUGUGAGAAUAUCCUUUGUAUGUAACUCCAAAUGACUUUUAGAACUGAAUCAUUUAACUAAUAAAACACUGAAGAGA